UUUCGCGGGGCGUUUGGUUCAGUUCGGUUUUUGGUGCUGAGCGAAGCGGUCAAGAUUUCGAUACGUUUGAGCUAAAAAAUUACUUUUCUGUAAAUAUAUACAAAAAAAAAAAAAACAAAAUCUGAAAUAAAAAGGUAUAGAGAAGGAAAGAAACUCACCAGAAAUGUUCCGCAAGAUAUAUUGGAAUACGUGAAGUGAAGUUAUCAGUGGUUACAAAGAUACUUGAGCGUUUGAGUGGAAAAAGUUAGCGAAAUAAAUGAAUUAAAGUUGGGCAAACGGAGRAGAUACGACAAAGCGAAACAACUUGACAGUUUCUUCAUGCUGAUUUAGCCGAACUAGUGAGCUGAAAUACUGUGUCGAAAGAAAUUGUUACAUAACGCAAAUGGCACACAUUAGCAGAAAUUGGCGGCAAACACAGUCGGUUUAGGGGUCGUUUAAUAAGUCUUGCCUUUGGCGCAGUGGAGAAAGAUAUUUCGGAAGGGCUUGUUGCAUUUAAGUAAUGAUGCAGCAUGCGAGCGUUUUGCACUGUCAGCGCGCCUUUAGAAGUUUGCGCGUCAUCGGCCGAACAACUAUCACCAGGAUCACGCUUUUUGGCCCUAAGACUUUUGGGAAAUCAGCAACCCAAAACUUUAUACUUCCUAGUCGAUGCAAAGAGUCGGGUGAGAGAAGUAUACACACAAACAUGCCUACAUUUUGCAGCACAAGGCAUGCUCGAUACAGAAUUGUUCGGUUUGGCGGUGCUCAUCGAUGGCGAAUACAUGUUUGCGGAUCCGGAGAGCAAACUCUCCAAAUACGGCCCGAAAAGUUGGCGCUCGUCACACACACACGGCCUCGACGCAAAUGGACGACCUCUCCUGGAAUUACACUUUCGUGUUCAAUUUUAUAUCGAGAGUCCGUUUAUAUUGAAAGAUGAGAUAUCCCGCCAUAAUUACUACCUGCAAUUAAAACACAAUGCGCUACAACGGGAAACGCCUAAAGAAUAUUCAGAACAGUCAAUGAUAUUGCUCGCCGGAUUAGCAUUACAAGCAGAUUUAGGCGAUGCACCAAAUUCAACACAAACGAGUGGAGGCACAACUUUAAAAUCCUUGUUAUUGAGAGAAAGCAAUUAUGGUGAACCCAUGGAGUGUAACCACCUAAGCCAGCUUUCUCCACAUGCUACAAAUUCCCCAGUCAAUAAAAGUGAAGUCUCAAACCUAACAGCAAAAAAUACAGACAUAACAGCAAUAACAAUAACGGAAACGACAGCUUUACCGAAAACUGAACCGGCAACUGGCAUUGUAACGACAUUGCCGAAAAUCAACAAAACUCCAGGCAAUGAGAAUGACCGUGUUCUUCGAUUGUCCAAUUUUCUAAGCACAAAAAAAGUCACAACUUCAUCAGCAAAUACGGAUCCACAAGAACUAAUAGGACCAAAAUCGUCCACAUCAGUUUUCCCUAUCAGUGGUAGUUUAAAGCGUAGUCUUGGAGCUAUGGCCGCCUCGUUUUCAGCCUCUUCGUCGAUGUCUUCUAUAAAUCGUGAAUGUUCUUCUAGCACCCCACCAACAACGUCGACUUCUUCGAGCACCUCUCUUUCGGCGCUGGCUCAUACGUCGACGAACAUCUCUACAAAGGAAUAUUUCAACUUCAAUGAUUAUCUACCUGCUGAGCUACGCACGACUUGGGCAAUGAGUGCUUUACAGGCCUGUCAUCGCGAAUAUCGUGGCAUGUCAACAGCUGACGCAGAGCUUCAUUACAUUCAGCAAGCCAGUCUUGUGCAUGAAUGCGUCAAUGCGCACAUUUUCAGGAUGCGUUCUACGAAGAACGAAAAUGGUUUGGGCAGUUCGUGGUUUGUGGUUUAUUCAAAGGGCAUAAAAAUUUUCAGUUCCUUUGAAAAUCCUCAGCAACAAACCACAUUCUUAUGGCCCAGCAUUACCAAGCUUUCGUUCGAGCGGAAAAAGUUCGAAAUUCGCUCUGGAGAUUGCAAAAUUCUGCUUUAUUCUACCUCGGACGAAAAGAAUAAAAUGCUUUUAACAUUGUGCCGUGAAACUCAUCAGUUCAGCAUGAAGAUUGCGGCUCGUCUAAAAGAAGUCAUAAAGCGUGAAGAGGAAGAGAGUGAUUGUCUUCAUGCGUGCUACACAUAUUCACGCAGUUUACACUUGCCAUACAAGAAUAAAAGUGACCAGCGCAUAUCCGUAAUUUCGAGCACUAGCUCUAACACCACUUCGGGCAUAGUGAGUGACCGCGUUCAUUCUGAAGAUGAAGUUGAAAUCAUGAUAAACACACCACCUGUACCAAUUGCGGCACCGUCCACRGAGAGUUUAGCCYUGGCRCAUUUACUUGAUCAUCCGAGCAUUAGUAGACAGACGUCAUCCGUGGGUGAAGUCUCAUUGAAAGAUUUGGAGGAGCAAUUAGCGGCGCUAUCCGUUCGUCAGGAACGUAAAACGCAACACUCGAAUUCCGCAAAUUCCGGUGAUGAAUCACCAGACCGAAGUCACAAUUCAGCGGGAAACUCUUCUAGCAGUAGUUCCAAUCAGGCAUCGCAACGAGCAGCGGACUCUUCCACUGCCACUGACUCGCCCAGUUCGCAGCACAAUAUUGGUUCCCAGUGCUCAUCGACCUGUAGUACUGUCGUGGUUUUACCCAACUCAGACUCUACAAACAAUACGUUAACAUCGUUGGCGGUGAGUUCUAUAAUAAAUUCAACUCCAAUGCAGCGCCGAAAUUCUACAUCCAGUAGCCUUGAAUUGGGCUUUAGUCACACCGCUCAAAAUUCCAUCCUCAGUGAAGCGGAAUCAACUUGUAUUGAACACGAUUUUGCAUCUUCCAGUCGCGAUGAAAACGAGAGCGUUUCUGGUGUAUAUACAUUGGCCCACGGUGCUCCACCCACUGAAACUUCAGGUGUAUACACAAUGCAUAGUAGCGAAAUGACCGGACAAUCGUCUGAGAUGGCCGAGUCUGAGAAGAGCUCCCAUUAUGGAAUAAGUAUUUUUCAGUCCACCAAAGUGGAAGCGAAUGUCAAUAAUUUGCAUGAAAGUCAUCCCAAUUUGGACUCAGUCGAUGGUGGUAAUUACCAUGGUAAACGCAUUAAGAAUGAAGAGUUCCGUUUACGCUCAGACUCUAAUGUAAGCACAAGCGGCUCCUUCCGAGGAGAUGGCAGCGACCCAACCGACAAUAAGCACAAUCUUCUUUCUGCAGAAGAAUUGACCGACUUAAUAGUUGGUCGCGGCACAUAUCCCAAUCGUAAGACGGUGUCAAGUACACUAGAUUCGGACUGUGAUUAUGUUACCUUGCCGUUGCCCAUCAAAGGGGAAUCAUACAUUCAGGGGCAUCGAGAUACUGCCCCCACCGAUGAUGAUAAUGUUGAAGAUUUAAUUAAUGAUUUAAUACCGACGGAUCCUCCAGCACCCCCACAACGCAUCGACAGCAAUAACAUGAAGCAUACAACGAAUUUAGCGAGCCUUGGCAAUUUACCAAUGCGUUCUCCACCGCCAUAUCACGCACGACAUGAAAAGACUGGUCUUUGUGGGCCUCCAGUAUGUUCCCCCUUAACACAAAAGACUAGCAAUAAUAUCAAAAGCAUUACAGUUGCUACAACUUUUUCCAAAGUGCCAUCGCCAAUCAUUCCAAAUGAGGUAAACACAAAUCCAGUGGGUGCAUCAAUAUCACGUGCCCCCAUUCCAACGGCACCAGCCGUUCGACGUCGUGACCCUCCACCGUAUCCGUCAUCGGAUAAACCGCGUCCCACGUCGCUGGUAUCAGUAGAAUCCAGCACCUCUUCUCUUAAUCAUUCCAGCAGUGUUUAUUCUUCGGUUGCAGGAUCUAUGAACUCUUUAAAAACAGAAGAAAUUACUGCUCGUUUCAUUACCACUCGACCACAAAUAAACAUUCUAAAAGCCCAUACCAGUGUAAUUAGUGAUAAUCAGAAGCCCAGUUAUGCUGCUCCAACGCAUUGCUCGUCGUCUGCCUCCACAACAGGUUCCAUUUCCAGCCAACAYAUGUCAAGCCACCUCUCACAGCAUUCUGUACACAACUCUCACUACAUCAGUGCGUCGCAGGUUUCACUAAACGCCAACAAUCCUCCGGCUUUAGCGACAAGACAAUCAUCCAUAUCUGCAGCGGCAAUGGCACAUGCUGCGGCCGCUGCUGUUGCUGCCACCGGAGCAGGCGUCAUACCAAGCACAAUUGGUAUACCAAUUGUUCCUUAUAGAUUGCAUGGCGGUCACAGCAGCAUGUCAUCGUUGCAUCAGCAACCACCACCACCACCGCCACCUUAUCCAGAAAUUAAACCGACACCACGAACGUGUGUUAUAUUACCAGUGAUCAAGCAUCGACAGUUUUUACCACCACCACCUCCCAAUAUACCACGUCAACCGCCGCCACCACCUCCACCAUCACAACCAGGAGUUUACGGUAAUCAGCUAGCACGCAAACAACUCGAGCUGUACCAGCAGCAGCUYUACAGCGACGUUGACUAUGUUAUAUACCCGAUCCAAGAUCCUGCAGUGAGUCAGCAAGAAUAUCUAGAUGCUAAACAAAGUUCAAUAUAUGCGGCCAUGGCACAAGCGCCACCCCAACCACUCCCACAUCACCAUCAGUACUUAGCUUAUCACACAGGCAGGGCACAUGUUGGAUCUUGGGAGACAUGUAAGGGACACGCGAUCUAUCGAAGCACACCUUACUUGCCGUUAGCAUUAUCCACACAUUCUCGUUACGCGUCGACCCAGAAUUUAUCAGACACAUAUGUGCAACUACCAACCACAUAUUCGCCGCUUUACAGUCCAUCCAUGGCCAGCUUAUGCUCUACGUAUGAGCCACCCCCACCGCCUCCACUGCAUCCUGCCGCAUUGACAGUACCCAGUACGGGAGCAACAAAUUUAUUUGCGCGUUCACGUUCACGUUCAGAUGACAAUAUAUUAAAUUCAAUUGACUCUCUUCCAAAGAUGAAACGCAUGCCUCCUCCCCCACCACCACCAUAUGUAAACAGACGCUUAAAGAAACCACCGAUACCUACACCAUCUGAAAAGCCGCCACCAAUUCCGUCAAAACCAACUGCAACCAGUACUGUAUCGUCCAAACGUUCAUCGACGAUUCGCAAUCACUUGCCGCCUAGGAAACCGCCCACAUUGAAUACCAAUCAGAGUGUCAACAAUAUGACCCGCACUUCCAGUGGUGCGCAAUGGGCGGGCGAACGUCCAAAACCCAACCCCAUAUCGUAUAAUGGCGGCAGUAUCUUAGCACACCUUCARGCGAGUGCGGCGGCUGCCCAUCGACAAGCUAUCACAUCUGCUGGAAAUAUUAAGUCGAAAGAAACCAACUGCGAUAAUGUSAAUGUCGGUCACGGAAACAACGCCCCUACUAAUCCACUCGAUAUUGCUGUACUGCGUGAAAAAAGCAAACACUUGGAUUUACCACUUAUCUCUGCGCUCUGCAAUGAUCAGUCAUUAUUAAAACAGACCAAAGUAUUUGCCGCUUCAAAAACGAAUCGCACAUCUACAACUGUUGCAAUGCGGAGUGUAAACGCCAAUGCAGCAUCCACAAGCAGUAGCCGAGGCGCAACGRUGUCUGCAAAUCAAAUCAAUAACAGCAAAUCGGUGCAUAAAAGCUUGACAACUAAUACUGAAGCUUUCGUUGCAAAUGAGGCGGCAAAUGCGACAGCUUCGUCCUCAGCUAUGGUCUCGGCCGGGACAUCAACAAGCAUAACAAUGCCAACGCUAAGCACUACACUUUCUGCAAACACAAGCACGAAAAGCACAACCUCAACAUCAUCGACACUGCAAUUGGUCUCCGGAAAAGGCCGAAAGUCAGUGGGAAGCCAUCGCCAUCCCAAUGACAAACUUCCACCUCUACCCAUGCAAAUGGCAGAGGCAAAUAACUAUGUCAUGGAUCCAGCAAUUAUGAAGCACCAUAAAAGCUACAAUUGUUAAAUUUGAAAUCUGUAAUGACUCCAGUUGCUAACAACCUUUCCAACAGAUAUAAAAUAAGACUCCGUGUGGAAACGCGAAACUUUGCGAAAAAGCUAGGGUAUAGUUAAGUAUGGAAGAGUGAACGUUAAAAUUGACGGCUCUUUCUAACACACCGGCGAGUGGCACUAGGCUAAUAUAUGUUAAUGCAAUUUGGCACUUGGUACACCCAGUCCAUCACAAAGCUGAAACAAAAGAGGUAUGCAUAAGUACAGGAGGCAUAAGAUCUUUUGCGAUUUCUUUUGUUCAGGUGUUACUUUCUAUUCCUAAAUGAAAAUCACGUCAACGUCGACUAUACAUAGAACAACGAAGUAAAUAAUCCUCACGGAAAGUUUCUCUACGAAAAGUCACAGUGUCUAGGUGGAAGGGGUGCAGGCGAGGGUUUUCUCUACAUACGCGGACUUUUAGCAAAGGUCUAUUCAUACUGGUCUGUUGAUAUAUUUUCUCCAUGACAACACAUUUGUACAGCUAUUCCUUGUCAGAUUUUAAUUGGGUAUUUACCUACCUGAUCUGAUCCGAAAUCAGGCGCUGCAGUCUUUCAAUCCUAUGUGGCAUAUAUGCACACAUGUGCCCACUUCAUACAUGUAAAUAUGUAUGUACGUUAAUAUAAAAGCACGUAAUUGCAUUUGCUGGAAAUCCAAAAGAUAUGAGUAAUAUCUUGGCAAUAAACUGACCUCAUUUCAUUUCAAUUAUAAAAUGAAAAGAAAAACACUUUAAUCUAGUCACUUUUAGAAAUUCAUUAAACAAAAACAAAAAAAAAAAACAAGCAAACAAAAGACAAAUAGUACACAAAUACUCACAAUACAAGUAGAAAUUGGGUAUAUGGAUACGAAAAUAUUUAUUUUCGCCGUAGCACAUUAAAUGGAAACUUAUGUCAUACAUGAGUUUAAAUUUGUAWUUAUUUAUUCCUUCUGUUUUAAUUUAAUGCAUUGUUUUGUUAUGCUCCUCUUUCCCACUUUCCCACUUUUUUAUAAAAUUGCAAUGAACAGAAGUGACUAAACCACUACAAAGUGCACAUCGAUAUUUUACAAAUAUCUGUGUUAAGCAAAAUAUUAUGCACUCGCAUACUAUUAUACGAAAUCCGCCCAAACAACUGUGAUCGAUUUUUAUUUUUUAUAAUUUUUUUUUUAUUAUUUUAAUGUUUCAGACAUUAAUGCUUCCAAGGAAUCGAAAGGGUAGAGAUUCUUUACUUUUUUCUUCUACUUUUUCUUCUAAAGGAGAGCAACGACUACACUAUAACAGUAUAUAAAUAUGUUAGUUCAACGGUGCGUGAAGUUUAGGCUUAAGCAAAGUACGAAAAACACGGAACGAACAAAACGAAUCAAUUUGAUCGAAUGGCCGACUGUUGAUCGUCGAUUGGUUAUCCAUGAGAAGCCAUAAGUCAAUACUAAUGCAAUCUAACCUCUUUUAGUUUCUUAGCAAUUAGGGUGUAAGUGAGUAAAUUCUUUUAGUUUACCGUAUUUAUGUAAUACAUAUGUAAAUACAUAUUGGAGAUUUUAAAUAUGCAAAAUGCAUUUAAGUAAAUAUUGCCUAGACUUGCCCCACCGUAAGUUAUGUAGUAGGUACUCAUGCUUACAUACAUACAUACAUACAUAAGUAAAGAGAUACGAUUUUAGAAGGUAUAUUUAUAAAUAAGUAUGUCUUAAUAUUAUUAUUAUUAUUAUUAUUGCAUUCAACAAAAUGUACUUAUAGACAUACGGUAUGUUUAUGGUAUAGUGUGGAAAAGUAAUAGGUGAAGUUUGAUCUUUCUGUAUUUCAGGUCACAAAAAUUUACGUAGGCUUUUCUCGUUUAAAAGUCUAUAGUUAAAUGUGAUAAGGUGAAUGAAAAACAAAAAGUGAUAUUUUUGCCAUAAUUACCUUUACAAAUAAUGCAGGAAUAUAUACCACACAUAUACGUAUAUAUUGAAUUGGUCAAUUCGCAAUUCGGGACGAAAUUCAAUAUUCCAGUCUAAGUGAAUUCUGAGUGUCAGCUCAAAAGGACAAUUUGUUAUAUCAAGCUGCACCGUGCACAAAAGCAUAACUGCCACACUAACAAUUAUUUUCAAAACUAUUGGAUGUCACAAAAAGUAUGACAGAACAAGAGUCCCAAAUUGUUUAUUUUCCUUAAAUGUAUUUCAUUCAACUUUUGUGUUUGUUUAUUUUUAUGUUAUAAAAAAUAAAAGUUUCAUAAAUUAAAUAUAUUCAAUAGCAAUUUAAAUAAUACUAAACAAUAUGAAAUUGUUAUCGCAUUAAUAACAUUAUUUAAAUGCAAACACUCGCGAUUGUACUGAGAUGUAUAUACCUACAUAUGUUUGUUAAAAGAGAGUUGUAAUGAAUUAUUUGGCUUUUAACUUAUCACCGUAUACGAAAGUCGAAAUCAAUCAAGGUUAAAAAGGCAUACUAAAUUAGAUCUAAAAACAUUCCCACUGUUUAGCGUAAAGUUUAUUAUAAAUAUAAAUUUCAAAUAAAAAUUUAUGAAAUAUACCCAUA